AUGGCGAUUCCUUGCUUGUUUAAGGGCGGCAGCAAGUGGAAAUCGUUUCCUCGGUCUCCUUCCCCGACCUCUUUCCCCCCGCGCACGCCGCCCCGACUCCUUCCCCUUGCGCCGCCGCCCACUUCCUCCGCCGCCCCCUCCUCCACUUCUCCGCCGCCCCCUCCUCCACUUCCUCCGCCGGCCCCCUCCUCCGCUGCCCCCUCCUCCGUCGACCCCCUCCAGAGCCGGCACAGAGUGCGCCGCCCGUGCACAGAGUGCGCCGCCCGUGCCGCUCCUCCGCGCGAGCAGCUUCUCGCCGGCGACCACACGCCACGCGAGGCUGUAGACAGAUCUGAGGGAAGGGAAGCACAAGGACGGGAGGAGGAGGAGCUCGGCAGCUAUCCAUUUUACUCACUGGAAGAUCGACGUGCACCACCAAUACUCCUGCCUUGCUAUUGGUUAAGGCGUUGCUGGGCGGCUUCAAGAAGGGUGCAAGGAACUGAUAUGCUGAGGCACUGAUACAUUGUAAGUUCAAAGAUUAGCGAGUGGAU